GGGGUGGCACAAUCACAAGUAUGGCCAGCAAUGGGACGAGGUGUUUCAGCAGCCGGGGGAGGAGGGGCUGGGGGUGGAGCGCAAGGAGGAUCAUUUCGUUUAGGCGGUGGUGGAGGUGACUCGAGGACAGGUGCGGGUGCAGGAGCUCAAGCCGCAGCCGCUGCAGCAGCAGCUCAAGCUCAAGCGGUAGCACAAGCACAACAACAGGUUACAGCAACCAGUAUGUCUGGAGGUGCUGCACAAUGGCAAAGCCAGCAGACUGCAGCCGGUGGCUUGGCUGGGGUUGGCGUCGGUGGUGUAACGCAGCAAUGGCAAUUACCACCAGCCACAGCAAUGGCAAGUCAGCCUGUGACAGCCAGCAAUAAUCCGCAGCAACCCACGCAUAACGCAUGGCAGUUAUCACAACAAGCUUGGGGUGCUUCAUCAAAUCAGCCAAGUGGAACGUACGCUGAACAAGCCAAAAAGAACAUGGGUGCACCAAUGGGUGGUCGGGCACAGGUACGAUGCUAUGACCAGCCACAGUCAUGGGGUGGCUUAAAAGUUGAUCAGCAAACUCCAUGGGAUACAGGUAACGGUGCGGGAACUUUACACGGCUCAGAUCCAAAAGGUGAUUGGGGCGGAGUUGGUGCGGCCGCAGCAGCCGCGGCCGCAGCCGCUGCGUCACGUUGGAGCGUUGGUGGUGCGCCCGGAGGGGCAGCACAACCGUGGACAGCAUCUGCAGCACCGCACGCGGCAAGUGGCUCGACCACCGAUUGGCCACCGCCAGUACAUCAUCGACACGACCCCACAGGUACAGCACAUUGGGUAAGCAACGCACAGCCGCAUCCGGCCGCCGCUGCGGUGGCCGCAGCCGCAGCGAUGGUGCAAGGAGGUGGCGGCAAUAUGCCUGGAGCUGGAGCGGCAUCAUGGGCACAACCACAACCCAACCUGCCAGCUCCAUCGGACCAGUACGACCCAAAUCCACAAACACCAGGACCAUGGGUGGCACCGCAGCCAGCAGAAAUGAAUAACGAUAUGAUGUGGCACGAUCCGAAUCCGAAGCAAAAGAAAGUGCAACGCGAUACUGGUACAUCGGUUUGGGGUGAUCCCAGCUCACAGCAGGGUCAAGAAAUUAAACGAUGGAAAGACGCCGAUAUGGAGGAUUAUUCGCAUGUGCCAUGCGCAGCACCGAGUGGCGGUGACUGGAGUCAGAUUCCCGUCUCGUCAGGCGCCGUUAGUAAUGCAGCGUCACCGUCGUGUCCAACGAGUACCACGGGUCCUGGUCCAGGAGUAGCAGCAGGCGGUAACGGUAACGGUGGACCAGCUGCAACGGGCGGGUGGGGUGAAACUCAACAACAGCAUCAUGCAUCGCAACAGCAACAACAGGGUCCAACGGCCGUUUUAGGGCCGCCAACAACGCCACAUAUCAAUGAUGGUACCGAACGGUGGGGUGCUCCACCGCAAACGAGUGCUUGGACGAGCGAUGCGACAAGCGUGAAGGUAGGCUAUAGUGUAGCGGUGGUUCGUUGGACUAGUGACUAUACUGCGGUGUGUUUCAAGUGGAUACCACCAAUGAAUGGGAUAUUGAGCGCUAGAGGGACAUUGCCGCCACAGCCAAUGAGAGAAGAUGCCGCCACUCUGGUGGAUAGUGUCGGAACAGCGCGAGUCGGAGAAUGUAGCUCGGGGGCUGGAUGUGGCACAACUGGAGCUGUAUAUUCAUCAUUAAUGCAACAAAUCGCCGAUCAGCUGCGUAUCGCUGUGAAUAAAGGUCUGAUCGACGUUUCACUGUUGAGUCGGCCUCUGCCGCAAACGACGCUGAUCGUGCUUAAUACAAUUUUGCAAAAAUUGUCAAAACUUGAGCAAGCGCAACAGGAGUACGGUCAUGUUACACGCCAAAUGUCCAGUCCUCCCCAAAAGAUGGAAUCAGAUCGUUUGCUGAUGGAAAUUCAAGGUUUACAAACAGAAAUCAUGCAGCUACGAUCGAGCAUCAGCGAGCCGGUAACUAAUAGCAAUAGCACUACAGCAGCGCAGUUUAUGAAAGGAGCACAACGUGCACAAGCGGCCACAACAACGACUGUAAAUGGCAUUGUAUCAUCGUUGACUCCUCAAGAUGGUCAGUCAAGGCUCAAUCAGUGGAAACAGGCUAAUAAUAACCCUUCUGCUGCUGAUGCGGCUGCUGCCGCUGCAGCAACCUCCCAUGCAGAUAAGGUGACAAAUUCAGCAUCGGAAAAUAACGUAACUGGUUUGAUAUCUGGAACGCAGAAUAUGUCAUUAGAUGAUAAAAUCGAUUGGAAGAGUGGAACAUUGGAUUGGUCACCACCGGGCAGUACGGCUGGCGAAAGAAAUGUGGCAAAUCCAACGACAACGGACAGUGGCAAUGCGGAACGUGAUGAGGGCUCGAAUGUGUCCACAAAUUCAUCGAAAGUGACAACAUCAGCAGCAUCGACGGCACAGUCUGCAAACGGUACCCCGACACCACCAGUGGACGAUGGACCGCAGGAGUUUGUACCUGGCAAAAAGUGGGAAUGGAGAGAUCCAAAUAAGGUUGCCGAAGAUCCGAAUGCAACGCCGGGAAACUGUAAGCCGAAUCCGCUGGUAUCUGGCACAGCUUUUGGUGCGAAUAUGGCACAAAAUUAUUUGAACGAGAUCUCAUUAAAUAAGGGUGCUUAUAUGGGUUGUUGGAAUGGUAUUCAGCCAUCUGCUGCUGCUGUGGCUGCGGCAGCAGCGGCAGCUGCAUAUGGUGGCGGUGCGAAUGAAAUGUGGAAUAUAGGCGGGCGACAACAGUGCUCAAGACCGCCGUCAGCAGUGAUCGGUCAACAACAGCAACAGCAACCACCUUUCGGACGUCUACCCGGCCAAACAGCACCGGGAACACAACAGAUGCCCACGGGAAUGGGUAAUUAUGCCACACGGUCAUCGAUGUCUGCCGCACAGCAACAACAACAACAGUUCCAAUUUGGUGGUGCACCCAUUCAUUGGGUUCUUAUUCAGCUGGCUGGAAUUCACGAGAAGCAAGUGCAUAUGGUGUGUCAUAAAGUAGGACAGAUUCUACAGUUCGUAUAUCCACCUCACUCAUCGUGUGUCUGUGUGAAAUUCGCUGAUCCAGUUGAGGCUAUUGUUGCUCGUCUUAAAGCUGAAGUACCAUUCAUUCAACUCAAAGUAAUGCCACAAUCUGAAAUGGAACGUUUGAUGAAGAUGAGUGGUGCAGCGACGGCUGCGGCUGUAGCUGCUGCUGCAGCUGGUAGUGGACCAGCGGGUGUUCUGCCGACGAUGGGCGGUGGCGGUUGGGGUGCGACGGGUGCACCAACUCUGACAGAUUCGGCCGCAUGGACGACAUUCGGAGGUGCGGGGAAUGGUAGUGGAAUGAUGGGUCAUGGCACUAGCAGCAGCAAUGAUCUGCUUCAACAACAAGCAUCUGCUCAACAGCAGCAAAACACAGCAACGAGCGCCGCACAGCAGCAGCAAGCCGCAGCAGUAGCCAAUCAACAGAAUGCUAAUACUGCUGCUAUCUUUCAUUCAGAAGAUCUCAAUCGACCAUUUUGA